UGUAGUAUUACUGUUUUGUAAUGCAACAAGGUCGUGCUAUGUGCGGCUGUCUAUCGGAUCCCCGCAUGUCAGAAACGUGGGUCCACGUAAGCGUGUGGUGAAAAUGUGGAAGCGAGACUUUUAAUGAUUGUUUGGAAAUUUGAAUUUGAAAUGUUAUUUUCUGAAAUUUUUACUUUCUGUUGUUAAACCGUGUAAAAAACUGCUAGCUAAUAAAAGCUAGCUAAGUUAAUUACCAAUGUAAACAUGAGCUCGGCUCCGAAUCACACCGUUGAUGAAACAGGACUGUCCAACACAACCGUCCCUGCUGUCACGUUAUGUGGACAUGCCCAACAGCUCUUCAGCCAUGUGAAGAUAGAGAACCUGAUCGCAGGACUCAGUGGUGGAGUGGUGUCAACUCUGGUGCUCCAUCCUCUGGACUUGGUCAAAAUCAGGUUUGCAGUGAAUGAUGGUUUGGAAUUACGACCAAAAUACAGCGGCCUGAUUCACUGUGUGAGAAGUGUGUGGCGGCAGGAGGGACUGAGAGGACUGUACCAAGGAGUCACACCAAAUGUUUGGGGUGCUGGAGCAUCAUGGGGGCUCUACUUCUUAUUUUACAAUGCAAUCAAAGGGUACAGAGUCGAAGGCAGACAAACGGAGCUGAGUGCCACAGAACACCUGGUGUCUGCCGCUGAAGCAGGGAUUCUUACACUCACACUAACCAACCCCAUCUGGGUCACCAAGACUCGGCUGGUGCUUCAGUACGAGACUGGCCCAGGUGGUAAACAGUACAAAGGGAUGCUUGAUGCUCUGGUGAAGAUCUACCGCCACGAGGGAGUACCUGGACUCUACAAGGGCUAUGUUCCUGGACUGUUUGGAACUUCACAUGGAGCUCUACAGUUCAUGGCUUAUGAAGAGCUCAAGAGAGACUACAACAAAUAUAGGGGAGUGCCUUCAGAUGCAAAAUUGAAUCCAAUGGAGUACAUAUCAAUGGCGGCGUUAUCCAAAAUAUUUGCAGUGGCGACAACAUACCCGUAUCAGGUUGUGCGUGCUCGUCUGCAAGAUCAACACAAUACGUACAACGGAGUGAUUGACGUCAUGAGACGCACAUGGAGGAAUGAAGGAGCCUUUGGAUUCUACAAAGGAAUUGUGCCUAAUUUGAUCCGUGUCACUCCUGCUUGCUGCAUCACCUUUGUGGUUUAUGAAUAUUUGUCUGAAUUUUUACGGGAACUAAAAUAAAGUGGACUUGAAGGAGCAACCACAUUGAGACAUAGGUAUUCAUGAGCAUCAAACUGGACUUUACCGGUGCAUGGAAAAAACAUGAAUACGCACUCUGACGAUUUUGACGGCAGUUUCUCACCGAACUUCCUUGUGCACAAAUUGUAAAUUUUUAACCUCAGUGAUCACAGGGGAGACAGACUGUUGUAUUUCUAAAUAGAUUUAAUGCUAUGUGAUGAAUUAUGGUUUCCUUUUUUAAAGUGUGAUGAGUUAUAUAUUUAACCGUAUAGCUUUGUUUAGUUUUUUUAUGUUUUCUAUCAGGAGGACAGAACACAUCCUGGGGUAUUUAAAGUCAGUAACAUUCUUGAUUUGUCUCAGGAAACCAUAGUUGUAGUGUGAGUCCUUUAAAUUAUUGAUGUGCAGAGAGAAAAACCUGUGUAUUCAUGGUAACAAAUCAUCAGGUCAGUUAAAGUACAUUUAACAAUGUCACCUUUUCCCCACAGAUGUCAAACUGAUGGUCAUAAAAUCCAUACUGCUUUAC